CAAGCGGUGUGUUCACGGGGUCAUCCAAUUCUAGCUCCUCCUCUUCCUCCUUCGGAAAUCAUACUACGCGCUUGCAGCAGAAGUCCGCUGCUGUGUCCGCCAGACUGUCUCGAGCCCUGGCCACUGCCUUCACUGAGCACGAGGCCAGCGACGGCCUAGUGAUUCCGCCGCGACCACCUGCUGUAAUUGGAGGGACAUCUUCGCCUACAUUCGCAGCAGAUGACGACAAUGGAUCUGGAAAGCAGGCUGGCGCUGCUGAUUACGUCGUAGGAGUCGGAUCGUCGAGAAGAAGUGCCUCCUCGUCCUUGUCAACGGCAAAGCCAGGAGCUUCCGUUCCGGUUCCUGUGCCCCAGCUGCUCGGUCCGAGCACCAUCGGCGAAAGCGACAGUGAGCCGGUCUCGUUGGUGCAGCCGCAGCUGCCACGACGGCGCGCUCUUGCCACCAACAGCAAGACGGAGUGGGAACAGGCAGCCGUAGUGCAACAUCCGUCGCCUGGCGCUUUACCAGUUGAUGAAGGACAGCAAGCAGAAAAUAAAACAGCGAAAGUAGUCAGCAACAGCAAAAAUGCAAUUACUCUGCCGUUCCCCAGAAUGAAUCCACCCAAUCGAAAUCCAGUGCUAGAUAUCAAAUGUAAAAGUGUCUGGGUCUGGAAACUUGUGAUGCUGUGUGGCGUAUCAUGAGGAGGCGACAAUUGCUGGCUCAGCAUGACAAGUUUCUGAGCUUCUAGGUGUUGCCUAUUCUGCAUGACAAACUACGUUUCUGCAUGACAGAAAAGUGGGGCUCUUUGGUAAUGUGCAUGACAGAUUUGAGAGUCAUGCCAGACAAGCAUGACAAACUUGCAUUCUUCCAGACCCAGACAUUUUUACAUUUGAUACUAGAUGAAGAAACAGGCUCGGGCUCCACCAGCGGCAAACAGCAUCACACGAAGCUUGUCCGAACUAUCCGGGGUACGACGACAUCGUCCUACGCAGCCUCCCCCGAAGACAUCGACUUCGUGCGGCCCGUCUCGUCUGCGGAAGAUGAUGACGGAGAGAAGUGCAGCAUUCCGGCCCUGUCCUCUUCUCAAGGUAGCAGCAACCCCGGCCCCAGUCCCCUCUUCUCGCGUGGAUUGACCACCCGGGCGUACGCGAAUCGGAGCGCGGCGUUCAAUAAUGCGACUGGAGGUGGCUCAGGCUCAGCAACAGCGCAAGAGAUUGAACAAACCGUAGUACCGGCGCAGGGAGUGGAGCAGGAAUCUCUGUUGCCGCCCGGACCAGGACGGCAAUUACCCGUUUCGAGGACGUACAGUGGCUCACUACCCGCUGGAGAAGGAGGUGUUCCGACUUUUGUCUUCCUCAGCAAAGAAUCGGGCGCAUCGUCUUCAGGGUACGAUAACGAUCUCGAUCGCUUGCUCAACUGCUCCUUUGCCAUUCUUUUGUUUUUGAUAGACUUGACACGUCAAAAUCUUCUUGAUGUUCUGAAUUAUAAUCAGCGCCAACCAAAUCCAAAAAUAUGAGUGAAUAUUAGUAUGCAAUAUAAUAGGCUCUACAACAAAUUUCAGGCCGCAAAGCGCCCCGAUGUCUUCCGACGCCGGCACCGAGCCCGCACUUGCAGCUGCGACUGCCCGUCCCUCUGCUAACGUAGGUUCUGGCAGCACGACAGGUGGUGGGCAAUUUGUGCUUGCCGCGACCGCGCGCAGCCCACUAAGGAGAAGCAGUGCGGGACAACGAGAACAACGAGCCGAAGGGGAGGCCAUGUUUCCCCCUGAGGACUACUCGCAAGAGCCGCGUCGGAGUUCAUCGCCCCGAGUUGUGCAGAUUGUCAGCGGUGGAUCUUCUUCGUCAGAUGAGACACAAAAUAUUUCCACGGGGACCGCUUCUAAAACAAUCGCGAAACCCGGGCAUCUUCCCACCAUCCCGUUUCCGGAAACGAAACAGUCUUCCAAAACCGUUUUAAAAGCAACGUCCAAAACGACGGUCAUCGGGAAGGGAAUCCGGUCCCUUGCCUCCGCGAUCAAGGACCAGGAUCCGACUAGCGGAGGACCACACCGACGAGGGGGGGCGGAGAGCACGCCCCACCCUUCGGGUUCGAAGGUUGUAGCGCCGUCCUCAAAGACCAGCACAUUGAGCGGAUCCCCGCCCGCAAACUACGUGUCGUCGCUGAUCGUGCACAAGCU